CACUCUGCUGAGUGUGAGCUUGACUCCCCUCAGGUCUCUGAUAUACGUUGAACGGUGUAGACCGAUGUGUGUGGUGUUGUGGAGGCACCAGGGUUUCUCCUAACAGACCAGUGUUAUUCAGGGUUUCACGGGACAUAUUAUCUGGAGUGGUGAAACGUUCCACGGGUGUCGAAGAUGUCCGUGGCAGGGCUGAAGAAACAGUUCCACAAAGCCAGUCAGCUCCUCAGUGAGAAGAUCAGUGGAGCAGAGGGGACGAAGCUUGAUGAAGACUUCAUGGAGAUGGAGAGGAAAAUUGAGGUGACCAACAAGUCAGUGUUUGACCUCUUGUCCAAAACAACGGAAUACCUCCAGCCAAACCCAGCUUCUCGAGCCAAACUGAACAUGCUGAACACUGUAUCCAAGAUCCGAGGGCAGGUGAAGACCACUGGCUACCCUCAGACAGAAGGCCUGCUGGGAGACUGCAUGCUGCGCUGCGGCCAUGAACUGGGAGAGGACUCCGUCUUUGGCUGUGCUUUGGUGGACAUGGGUGAGGCUAUGCGGCAGAUGGCUGAUGUGAAAGACUCCCUGGACAUCAACGUCAAACAGAACUUUAUUGACCCACUGCAGACUAUACAGGACAAAGACCUGAAAGAGAUCAUGCACCACCUGAAGAAGCUGGAGGGCCGCCGGUUAGACUUUGACUAUAAGAAAAAGCGCCAAGGGAAAAUCCCAGACGAGGAGAUCCGGCAGGCUGUGGAGAAGUUUGAGGAAAGCAAAGAUCUGGCUGAGAGGAGCAUGUUCAACUUCCUGGAGAAUGAUGUGGAGCAGGUGAGCCAGCUGUCGGCUCUGAUCGAGGCGGCCGUAGAUUAUCACCGACAGUCAUGUGAAAUCCUUGAGGAGCUGAGUGGAAAGCUGCAGAAGAGGAUAUCCACAGCCAGCAGCCGACCCAAAAAAGAGUUCAAAUCAAAGUCCAUCAGGAGCAGUAUUGAGACCCUGGAUAGACAGCACAACGGCCUGUCCUACAGCUCCUCGCUUAAAUCCACCAAUAUCCAGAUCAAGAACACAGUCAAUGGGAAAACUGAUCAUAUAUCCUCUGUUCCUCUGUCAUGGCCUGAGAGCCCCUCCACCAAUGGCAAUAUUCAGCAGUUGGAUGUGUUGGACCAGCCGUGCUGUCGCUCCCUGUAUGACUUUGAGCCAGAGAACGAGGGCGAGCUGGGCUUCAAGGAGGGCGACAUCAUCAUCCUCACAAACCAAAUAGACGAGAAUUGGUACGAGGGCAUGAUCAACGGCGACUCUGGCUUCUUUCCCAUCAACUACGUAGAGGUUAUUGUCCCGCUGCCACAGUGAAGACAGGCACAUGGAGUCCUCUUCCUACCACAUCACAGCCAGCCUCCGUCCCCAGCUCGACCCAGGCUGAGGGGAACUGCACAGAGCCAGCUCAGCCCUAGGCUGAAACACACUCUGUCUUCUGAUCUACAAACCGAGAGCAGUCGUAGUUUUGUCCUGAGCCGACUUCAGAUCAAAUAUCAGUGAUUACCUUGUUUUUGUUGAUAUGUAUGAGCCUGAGGCCAGCUGAAACCCAAGCCGAUAAGUGAACACUCUUCCUGAUGGGUCUGCCUGAGGUUAGAUGUCGGGCCUUGUCAGACACUGUAAUCCAUCCCUGCUGCUUCCUGUUCAUGCUGAUCCAAGUGUAUCUUUUGAGCUGUCUGUUUGUCCUCAUCACCACAAACUGAGACUUCUCGACUCUGCUCAAAGUGAGCUUCUUAACAACAGGACUGCUUCAUGUCAAACUUAUGCUGUUACAUCUUAAACAGUAUAUGCAAUCCUGGCUUCUUUAAUACAGUUACAUUCUGUUAUACUGUAGAAACCACGAGAGUGACGGAGGCUUCUCUCUCUGCAUCACAAGUAAAGUGGUGGCUUGGGUGAGCCGUACAGAUCACUGUGGCUUUAAUGGCCAAAUUUGAGACAUUAGUCCUCCUAACCUGGGUGAACUGAGCCUUUAAAAAAAGAGAUGCAGCCUUGAGUUGAUAGUCAGUCUGCUGCAGUCCUGCACUUCACUCAAGCAUUUUAAGGCCUCAUUGUUUGUUAAGGAUGCCUUAUAAAUCAUCAAGUGGAGUCUAGCCAAAGUUCAUUGAUAAUUCCAGUUUACUACUGCUUUGUUCUUGUUUUCCUGGGUCUUUCCUUUAUUUCUGUUCCAAACUUUAACAAUGAGAUCACAGUGUCAGGAUCUACAAGGCUGGAACACAUUUUUUAACCCUUUCUGGUGUCUACAGAAAAGAGCUCAAACAGGAUUAUUGCAAAAAUACAUGACUAUCACUUUGC